AAUCAUACACAGCAAAGCCUCAAAACCUGAUCAUCAGAGAAACGAAAAGGAAGAGGUGAGCGUGGGAGAAAAAACAAAAGAAAGGAAAAGAGAUAUAGCCCUGAGAAGAAUGGCCCUUACAACUGAUGAACUCAAGACCAAGGCCGAGGUAUACUACGGUGACGAGAUCUGCCAGCUGUGUACCCAGCUCCUGCUCAGGGAAGCAGGCCUCCCCAAUGGUCUGCUUCCAUUGAAGGACCUAAUCGAGUGCGGCUAUGUCCAGGAAACUGGAUUCGUGUGGCUGAAGCAAAGCAAGAGGGUUGACCACAUCUUCCAUAGUCUAGGAAGGCUGGUCUCUUACGGCACGGAGAUCACCGGCUAUGCCGAGAAGGGCAGGAUCAGGAAGGUCAAAGGGAUAAAGACCAGGGAGCUCAUGCUGUGGGUCCCGGUGGAGGAGAUUGCUCUUGAUGAUGAUCCAGCGACUGGGAAGCUUGUCUGCAAGAGCAUUGCUGGGAUUACCAAAACCUUCCCUGCAUCGGCUUUCCAUAUCCCGGAGAAGGAGAACAAUGUGAAGGCGAACUGUGCUGCACUCAAGCCGGUGGUCCUCAUGGAGAGAGCUCCACGAGUUGUUAAAAACAGCUGAUCCGCCUUCAAUUCUGCAUCCACUGGUAUUUGGAGUUGACGUACGGCCGCCAUAUCAGCCCUUAAUCCUACGUAUUUAAAUAAUGGUUGAACUAGUGCUUUACUGUUUUCCGUUCAUGUACUUGGGAAAUGAUAACACAAAGUUCUUCCGCCUAUAUAUAUACUGCGGUUGUACGAUUGCCCUGGCAUCUAUAUAAUAUUGUCCUGUAAGGCAACCACCCAACUUCCUUUCAUGUACUACGUAGCUCUAUAUUACUAAUACAAAUCAUGUUGUGGA